CCCAGGCUCACGGGGACCCCUGAGGACGCGUGUCCUGUUCCGUGCAGCGCAGCUCAGCGCAGCGAAGAGGCUCCAAGCUCUCGCCGCGCGCGCCCCCGCCGCGCGCGCUCCUAUCCCAGCCCGCGCGCGCGCGUGCACCCAUACACACGCUAGCUCUCCGGGCAUGCGCAGUGGGCGGCGCCGCUCCGGGCCGCCUCUGCCGCCGCCGCGAGUAGGAAGCGCGAGCGCCGGGCGCCGGGCUGUCAGUGAGCGUGGGGCCAGCCAGCGAGCGAGAGAGCCGGAGAGAGCCAGAGAGCGCGGCUCCGCUCCCAGCUCCGAGCAGCGCAGCGCCGGCCAGGCUCUCCCCGGCCACCGCCGCCACCACAGCACCUCUGCACCGCCACCUCGGCCGCCGCCCCCGCCCACCCCGGCCCUCCCCGGCUGCUGCUCCCCGGCGGAGGCAAGAGGUGGUUGGGGGGGACCAUGGCUGACGUUUACCCGGCCAACGACUCCACGGCGUCUCAGGACGUGGCCAACCGCUUCGCCCGCAAAGGGGCGCUGAGGCAGAAGAACGUGCACGAGGUGAAGGACCACAAAUUCAUCGCCCGCUUCUUCAAGCAACCCACCUUCUGCAGCCACUGCACCGACUUCAUCUGGGGGUUUGGGAAACAAGGCUUCCAGUGCCAAGUUUGCUGUUUCGUGGUUCACAAGAGGUGCCAUGAGUUUGUUACUUUCUCUUGCCCGGGUGCAGACAAGGGGCCCGACACUGAUGACCCCAGGAGCAAGCACAAGUUCAAGAUCCACACUUAUGGAAGCCCUACCUUCUGUGACCACUGUGGCUCCCUGCUAUAUGGACUCAUCCACCAAGGGAUGAAAUGCGACACCUGCGACAUGAAUGUUCACAAGCAGUGCGUGAUCAACGUUCCCAGCCUCUGCGGAAUGGAUCACACAGAGAAGAGGGGGCGGAUUUAUCUGAAGGCCGAGGUCACGGAUGAAAAGCUCCACGUCACGGUACGAGAUGCAAAAAAUCUAAUCCCCAUGGAUCCGAAUGGGCUCUCAGAUCCUUACGUGAAGCUGAAACUCAUCCCUGACCCCAAGAAUGAAAGCAAACAGAAAACCAAGACCAUCCGCUCCACACUAAACCCUCAGUGGAACGAGUCCUUCACAUUCAAGUUAAAGCCUUCAGACAAAGACCGACGACUGUCUGUAGAAAUCUGGGACUGGGAUCGAACGACACGGAAUGACUUCAUGGGUUCCCUUUCCUUUGGUGUCUCAGAGCUGAUGAAGAUGCCAGCCAGUGGAUGGUACAAAUUGCUCAACCAAGAAGAAGGUGAAUACUACAACGUGCCCAUCCCAGAAGGAGACGAAGAAGGCAAUGUGGAGCUCAGGCAGAAGUUUGAGAAAGCCAAGCUUGGCCCUGCUGGUAACAAAGUCAUCAGCCCGUCCGAAGACAGGAAGCAACCAUCCAACAACCUUGACAGAGUGAAACUCACAGACUUCAAUUUCCUCAUGGUGCUGGGGAAGGGGAGUUUUGGGAAGGUGAUGCUCGCUGACAGAAAAGGAACAGAGGAGCUGUACGCCAUCAAAAUCCUGAAGAAGGACGUGGUGAUCCAGGAUGAUGAUGUGGAGUGCACCAUGGUGGAGAAGCGGGUGCUGGCGCUGCUCGACAAGCCCCCCUUCCUGACACAGCUGCACUCCUGCUUCCAGACGGUGGACCGGCUAUACUUCGUCAUGGAAUAUGUCAACGGUGGGGACCUCAUGUACCACAUUCAGCAAGUAGGGAAAUUUAAGGAGCCACAAGCAGUAUUCUAUGCAGCAGAGAUCUCCAUUGGCCUGUUCUUUCUGCACAAAAAAGGGAUCAUUUACAGGGAUCUGAAGCUGGACAACGUCAUGCUGGAUUCAGAAGGACAUAUCAAAAUUGCUGAUUUUGGGAUGUGCAAGGAGCAUAUGAUGGAUGGAGUCACGACUAGGACCUUCUGCGGGACUCCCGACUACAUUGCCCCAGAGAUAAUCGCUUACCAGCCAUAUGGAAAAUCCGUGGAUUGGUGGGCGUACGGUGUGCUGCUGUACGAGAUGCUGGCCGGGCAGCCUCCAUUUGAUGGUGAAGAUGAGGACGAACUGUUUCAAUCUAUAAUGGAGCACAAUGUGUCCUACCCCAAAUCCUUGUCCAAGGAGGCCGUUUCCAUCUGCAAAGGGCUUAUGACCAAACACCCCGCCAAGCGACUGGGCUGCGGGCCUGAGGGAGAGCGGGAUGUCAGAGAGCAUGCCUUCUUCAGGAGGAUUGACUGGGAAAAACUGGAGAACAGGGAGAUCCAGCCACCAUUCAAGCCCAAAGUGUGCGGCAAAGGAGCAGAAAACUUUGACAAGUUCUUCACAAGAGGGCAGCCCGUCUUAACACCGCCAGAUCAACUGGUCAUCGCUAACAUAGACCAGUCUGAUUUUGAAGGGUUCUCGUAUGUUAACCCCCAGUUUGUGCACCCGAUCUUGCAAAGCGCAGUAUGAAAUCCACAAACGAGAGAUCAAAUGCCUCCCCAGCCCCCAGCCUCCCCAGCAGUGGGAAAUGUUCCUUAACCCUAAAAAUAUAAGGCUAUGGCCUUGUUUGUUAUUCCACACAGAGGCCUGAAAAUUCUAAGGACAUUAGUCCAUAAGUGAUCAACUUUUCAGGAUCUCUCUCUCUCUCUCUCUCUCUCUCUCUCUCUCUCUCUCUCUCUCUCUCCUCUUCUCUUUUACAACCAAGAACAUUAUCUUAGUGGAUGAUGACAUAUGUACAGAGUCCAGCUUAAUUAUGCGGAAGCACAUCUGGCUCUAAGUUAAUUCUUCCUAGAAAACGAAGAGAUGUGUACUCCCUUCCCUUUUUUGGUAUGAUCUGAUAUAUUCUCCACACCCUCCAUCUUUGGAUUUUCAUCAUCAGGAUCCCUCAACCAGAGGUAGUAAAGUGAACCUCCUCCAGCUCAAGGGCUGGAAGCAUCUCGACCCAAGAUGUCUUUGGAAGGAAAGAGCAGGAAGCCCAAAGAGUAAGCAAAGAGAGGUUGGGGGUGUAGAACCUCCAAGACCCCAUUGCUUCUGUCCUCUGCUUCAGUGGAAACAGUUCCUAGAAUCUGAGAGGGCAGAAUGAACCUAAUCGCCGUCCCCAAAUGUCACAGCGCAACCAUAGUGCAGCAGUUUAAGAACGGAAGAAAACUUCAGACGAAUAUUCAUUGAAUCUAUCAUCUGGGUUGCCCUACUUGGUUGGUAACUAUCUUGAUGACUCAUUCUUUUUAAGAGGCCAAAUCAUCUAAGGACAUUGCUAAAGAAGCAUGUGAAAUCAUUUCAGAUCAAGGAUAAACCAUGUGUAUGUUCAUUUUAAUCUCUGGGAGGUGAUUCCUCGGUCCAGGGUGCCAUCGGUAAUUAUCAUGCCACUAUUCGCGAGUGUUGUUAGCCAACCCCACACACACAUGAUAAUAUUUUACUACCUUUGUGGGUACCCUUCCUCAGAAGCUGACGUGUAUGACCCCACCCCUUUUUGUACUAUUUAUUUAAUAAGCUGCAGUGUUGUUUAUGAAAGUACAAUGUAUAGUAAUUUAAUCAAAGUAUUGAGUAGCAUCAGCCCCUAUUGAUGGAUUUUCCUCCUUUCUCUAGCCCUAAUAUCCACUUAGAGAUGAAAAACAAUAUAGUUUGGGUUCCCCUUUCCAGUUCCUACUGAAUGACACACCUGGAGCUGUAGGAUCAAGAUACUUUAUGCUUAUAUCAGCUCAAAGAUGUUUUUCUUGCUAGAAGGAUUUUAAUAUGUUUUGUGAGUGCAUCAUGCAAUGGAUUUUGCAUGUUUAUAAUAAACCUUAAUAGCAAGUUAAUCUAUAUUAUUGAUAUAAUUGUAUCAAGUAUAAAGAGUAUUACGAUAAUUUUUAUAAGACACGAUUGUGCUAUAUUUGUGAAGGCUCAUGUUUUCAGUCUGCUUUAAGAUUAAGUGUUAGCUUUACUCAUUGCUGCUGUUGCUCCCUCUUACCUGCUCCCCCAUACACUGGCACUCUAUCAUAAAUAUUAAUUUUUUAAUGUAGAUGUAAUUUUAAAUAUGAAUGACUACUUUACACAUUUAACUAGGCUUUUACUAUAUAUGUAUAUAUGUGUAUAUAUAUAUAUUUGAUUCUACCUGCAAACCCCGGUUUUGUUUGUGGGAAUUAUUUUUGAGAUGAGACUCAGUUAACAUCUUCAUGGCAUCCUCUGUUCGGGUUCCUCCCACACACCUCCUCUUGGAGGCAGCUGGAAACAUUUAAUUCCAGUGUACCCGAUAUGUUUGUAUACAUGUGGCAUUGAUACAGCACCUAGGCUGAACUCCGUGUGUGUGUGUGUGUGUGUCUCUGUCUGUCUGUCUGUCUGUCUGUCUGUCUGUCUUACUCUUUUCAGCCUAUGUCUUUUGGGUACUCUAGGGGUGGAAGGGUGGGAGAAUUCCUUUCUGUAUGUUCAUAUGGACACAAGCAGAAGUACAUAGUCUUUGUCCCAGAAUGACCCAGUGUGUACUCCAGCACACACAAACUCCAUGAGACAAGCUUUAUCCCCAUGCCUACAUAUAACCAUCCCUGAAGCUGUUCCCAACAGACCCUUUCCAGAGGCACACGCUGUCUUAAAGCUAUUGCUAGAACAUUCCAGUCUUUGAAGAGCACUUCUUUGGUAAAGCACCUUCCCGAUGCACAGUGUUUAGAAGAGGCAGGCUUCUACAGAGUUCCCACCUGUCCUUCUAGAAGGCGUCUCUCCUGGAAGCAUCUCCCAGCUAAGCUCUCCCCUGUCGUUCUCCACCUGUCGGGCUGACAGUUACGUACACACAAACCACCAGGACAGGAGCAUAGCCUGUUCUGAAAACCCCUAAUCACAAGGCGAUAUGGAGCAGGGAAUGGGCCAGACCAGAAAAGAGCAGUUUCUUCUGCAAUCUUUCAUGAGUUCUGAACUUCAGAACUCAAAAAGGGACUCAUGUAUUGAUCUUAGAAGUCAAGCUCAUAGUCUUGGCGACCACCUUUUCAAAAAUACUCGGCUUAGUCCAACAGUAAAGGAACUGGCUUGUGAGCCUUGGAAUGAAGGGAUUGUUCUUUACCAGGUGAAACAGCAGGGCUGAUUGCCGGUGAACCUCUCAAAGUGAGGGAAGCCACAGAGAAGAGACACAAGGGUCGUGGACAAUCCAUCCCAAGGUGCCAAGCUGCCUGUUUGUCUUAAGCAAAAAGCAGGCUUGAGUUUUCCCGUGAACAGCCAACAUCCAGCUCCAAGUGAUUCGGCUUCUCUAGCAAGCACGUUACAAUCCCUUGGGUGGCUUGUAUGCUUAGAGACUGUGAAGCAGCAUUGUCAAGAGGGAGGAAAAUCCCCCAAUAACAGAGUCACAGAGCCGGCCUUUUGCCUAAGGAACAGCACACUGGCGGACAACCCGGAGAAAUGAUAGCUGUUUAAGGAAGUCUAUUUUAUACACCGCUGAGUGUUAAAUUUAGAUAAAGGCUAAUACUUUAAAGAUCUGGGCAGCCUGAGACAGUUAUUGCUGCAAAGCUAACUCAUGUGGAUAGCCAUUAGCAGCUGCUAGGUAGGAUCAAGUGAUAAAACUCUACAUCACUGUCCCACUCGACAAGCCUUGUGUGAAGUGGGGCUCCCGGGACAAGGCUACCAUUUGAACUGAAGCCACCAUAUUGGCAGCUGGAGUCAGGAGGGUUCCCUGAAGGGUUUAGCCCCUGGGGGAACUCUUUCAGAAGUACCUGCCCUCAGACUCUGCCUGCACUGGUAGGUCCUGUGGACAGAACCUGGCACAAUCUGAGUCUCCACAGGACCAUCUAGCUGUGACCCAGAAAAUCCACUGAAAAUGUUUUGUAUUAUAUUCCCCUGGAAGGUGGCCAUUUCUGUGCGGCAGUUCUCCCUCUUCCACCACAGGCCAGUGGGAUAACUCUGCUUUGGGCACGGCAUCUCAGGUUCUCUAGCACUUGGGGUGAAUGGAAAAGCUGGAGUAUGCUGCCCUGGAAAGGUGAUGGGAGGCCCACCUCCAGGCAGGAGAUAAUCCAGGAGGCGAAUGAGAAGCCCCAGGAACUAAAAUGACUGUCCUCACCGAAUCAGCCUCUUAUCUCUGUGGCCUAGUUUGAGUCUUUUCUUUAGUUGGUCUUUUUAUUAGUAAUUUGAGGAACUCGGGAGGCCCAAACUCAGCCUGAGGUGGUCACAUGAAAGAUUACCAGAGGCCAGUAUUAACCCUCAAGUGUUGCGGCUCAGGGCUACAGUUCUUAGCAGUGUGGUGGCUUGCCAGGCCCCAAAGAGCCACCCUUUGAUGUGUCACAAAGAGGAGGCUAAGGUCAGCACCACUGGGGAAGAGCAGGGCUUGAGUUCACCCAGAAAGACAUGGGAGAUGCCUGCAUGGGCUUUCCAAUGGGGGGCAUUGUCGCAAACAGAAGUGACCCUUUGUUGGUCUUCAAAUGUGUAUGGUUUUUGUCAGGGGCAGUCGGUUCCCCUCUCAGACUCAGCUGUAAGAAGUCCUUUGCUCUGGGCGGAGUCAGACCAGCCAGCAGACCCUGGAAGCCACUAAGCUCCGCCUCUUUCCAUCUGAUAAUUGCGGGCAGCUGAGACUAGGUGCAGAAGUUUAAAAAAAAAAAAAAAAAACCAACAAACUGUGUCCUGCCAGUUUCUGCCGAGCAGGAAAAAUAAGAAGGUUUGUGCAGGACUUUGUUUUCUCAAAACGGAAGAGAGGGGGAAGUGAGAGUCACGUGGCUUUGAAGGCCUCGGCAGGGCAGCACCACCUGACAGUCAUUUUCUCGCCCUGGUCUUACGACAUCACCUAUUUCUUGUGUGUACGCGUCGCUCUGUUUCCUGUUUGUUUACAGCCCCAGAAGGGUGGGGGUGCCUGCCUCCUCCCUGCGCAUGACUAAGCACACACUGCUCAGGAGAUUCAUGCUGACCCCGGGAGGUAGGGGACAGUCGUCAGCAGAGGCUCCACACAAACUUGGCGUUAGGAAACAGGUUUGAAAACUCGUUUUCCUUGAACUGCUGUUAACAAAAUACGCUGGACGGUCAACCCUCCGGCCAUGUCUCAUUUGAUCCAGUGCGGCAAAGCUAGAGAAAACUGUUUCUUUCUGAUGUCAGAAUAACCCAGAAAACCAGGAGAAGGGUGCCUGAGGUAUGCACAGAUGCGGUGGUUCUAGAAGUGGUGUCCUCUGUUUCCCUAGUGACGCUACAGCAUCAAGACUCAAUGGUCCAGCUUUCUGUGCCCCUCAUGUGGUCAGAUUUCAGUCAGUAAACACGCUGGACACACGAAGUCAUUAAACAGCCUUCCUGUGACCCUCCCCGGAAGCCCACAACUUCCAAAGACUUUUUUUUUAAAACCUAAGACAAGAAAUUAACUUAUUAACUCUAGUAGAAGACCUGGAUAUCCUGGGCUAUUUGUACUUUUUUAUAGAGAACUUUAAUAACUCAGUUCUUUUAAAAUGAGUUUUUUAAAAUAAAACUAAUAAAAAUUUCAUAAAAUUCCAAUUCCGUGGAGCCUAUAGGAAGACUUAACCGGAGUUGGAAAGCACACCCUUGACCCACAGUCCCAUCGCAGCAUUUACCCGCGCCAGUGAGGUCUGGAGUCCACAUUGGAAUGGCUGCAGGAUGGUACUCUCUCUUUAGUAGACACUAAAGACAGCUGCCUAAGCGUUAGGUAUCUUUAAACUGUAGGGAAGAUGGCCUCACAGCCCCCCUUCCUGACAUAGCCCUAGGAGAACAUUUCCUGGGAAUCUUGGGGACCCCUCUCCUUGCUUUCUAAGAGUUGGUGAGCAAGAACGGGGUGCUCCUUUGACUCUGUCUCCAGUUGCUUCUGAUCCCUGAGUCCCUCACAUUUGGUAAAAACUGAGAGAUGCCCUGUAAGGAUUCUGCCCAUUGGGCAGUUUAAACUUCCUAUCCCGAGAAGUAAGAGGCAACAUGGGGUGUGCCUAGGGCUUCUGUUUCCAUUUCCCUGUAUGUGAGUAGACAGAACCCUACUUUUCAGAAAAUAGCUACCCACCCCACUUUGUAAGAACCCCUUUUUUUUUCCUAAAAUACGACAAAAGAAGGCUUUGCACUUUCAGAUUAAACAACUGUGUCUUUUGUCUCCUGCUUCUUCUAAAGGCUAUUCUGUGAUCAAUGUUUGUAGAUUUUUGUUACUAUUUUGCCUGGAAAAAAUGUGACUCUCUCUCUUUGGGAGGUUUAGCAGACUAUUAAACAUUAUCCACGAAGGUGGUUACUAUUUUGAGCCUAAGGGUUUCUAAGAAUCGGCCUUCCUGACUAAGAAGGUUUUUCAGACUAUCUUUUAUAGGCGAUCAGAAGCAUUGGAAGUUGCGUUUCCUAUACAAUUUCUGUUUUGUCUUAUGAAGGGCACGCCAUGUUUAAAUCUCUCAUUGAGAAACGCCAUGCCAAACCCCAAAUUGGUUUGGAGGAAGGAGUGCAGGUCACGGUUUGGGGCCCGAAUAGGCCUGUACUGAUGAGUGUAGGGGCUGUGCCACUGCUCACUGGGUUGCCGGGCAGGUGAGAAGGAUGUGUAAAUUACUGCAUAGCUUUCUUGGAUUUGUGUAACCUCUAAUCUUCGUUUGCAUGAUUCGCUUUGUUAGAUGCAUUCAUUGUAGUUCGGAAGCAAGUGUGUAUGAAUAAAGAUACUGAUCAC